UUCUCCCUUCAAAUUCCCCUUCAAUCCAUUGAACCACCCGUCCUAAAUAAAUUAGUGUUCUCAUCAAUGGCUUGCUCCCCUAACACUGCGACAUUCAUGUCUUGCUUCUUGUUCAUUAUGCUCUUUUUGCACAGUGGCACUGUGUCCUCCCAGUUGUCGUCCCCUAGCUUAUAUCUAACGACAUGUCCGAAUGUCUAUUCAAUUGUGCACGCCGUGGUGAAUUCUGCGGUGAAGAACGAGUCCCGCAUGGGAGCCUCUUUGCUCCGCCUUUUCUUCCAUGAUUGCUUUGUCAAUGGUUGUGAUGCGUCGAUUCUGUUGGAUGACACGACCAACUUCACUGGAGAGAAGAACGCAGGUGCAAACGCCAAUUCCGUGAGAGGAUACGAAGUGAUCGACACGAUCAAAACCCAGGUGGAAGAAGCUUGUGAGGGGAAAGUUUCUUGCGCUGAUAUCUUGGCCCUUGCUGCUAGAGACGCUGUGGUUGCUCUAGGCGGACCGGGUUGGCCGGUCAAUCUUGGAAGAAGAGAUUCAACCGCCGCAAAUUUUUCCGGUGCUAACAGCGAUCUUCCUUCCCCGAGUUUCAACCUUAGCGACCUCAUCACUUCAUUUAAAAACAAAGGAUUCACAACCAAAGAGAUGGUGGCCCUAUCAGGAUCUCACACGAUAGGCCAAGCCCGGUGCCUGACCUUCAGGGGCCGCCUCUACACAGACAACGACAUAAACGGGACAUUCGCGGCGGCACUGACUUCGAGCUGCCCCAGCUCAGGAGGAGACAACAACCUGUCGCCGCUCGACACCACCACCCCAACCGCGUUCGACAACGCCUACUUCAAGAACCUUCAGGUGCAGAAGGGGUUGCUCCACUCCGACCAGCAGCUCUUCAGCGGUGGCUCCACGGACUCUCAGGUCACAUCCUACGCCUCCAACUAUGCCUUAUUCCGGGCCGACUUUGCCGGUGCCAUGAUCAAGAUGGGCAACCUCAGUCCCCUCACCGGAAGCAGCGGCCAGAUCAGGGCUAACUGCAGAGUACUUAAUUGAUCAUUGGUCGUUGGAUCUUUUUCUUGUUUCUUUCCUCAAAAAAAAAAAAAAAACUUGCUGGUCAAUGGACAUUUUCUCUCUUCCUUAAAAAAAAAAGUUUAACUUUUUGGGUAGAGGGAAAAUACAAAAAACUUAUAUAUUUUCUUAGCUUGUUAUUGGAUAAGAGUCCUUUUUCUUUUGGGUGAAAGGGAGAUUUUUUUUUUGAGUCGGGGUGUUUAUAUUGUUUUUUUUUUUGUAACUGAAAGUUGUAAUUUGAUGUCUCUUCUAUGUCAUUUGUAAUAAAUACUCACUUUCGAUAUACGCAAGUUAAUUCUUUACGUGGUAUAAACUUAUAGUCAGAAUCAAAUCAGUACUAGAGUACGAAUUAAUAUCAGCAAAAAAGUAACGUCUCGUGUUAUUACUAAAAAUAUUUAAAUUGAAAAAUUUCAAGGCAAAAGUAAGAAAAUUUCUAAAAUAAUUCAUGACGACAUCAAGAAAUCAUAACAACUAUAAAGACCAAUGCCCUUAAUCUAAUUAACACUGUAAAUAAAUAAAUAAAAAAAGGAAAGGACCAAAGAUAAGGGUGAUAAUGGAAUAUAAAAAAGUAUGAGGAUGAAAUCCGAAACUAGGCAUUAAGGACCUAACUAUGUGGAAUAAAGUAUGCGUGUUA